CUUCCGGUUUUAAGGAAUUUCCUUUCCUGUCAGCGGCCUUCGGCAAGAUGGCGGUGCAAAUCUCUAAAAAGAGGAAGUUCGUCGCGGACGGAAUCUUCAAAGCCGAGCUAAACGAGUUUCUGACUCGUGAACUUGCCGAGGAUGGGUACUCCGGUGUGGAGGUACGUGUGACCCCGACCAGAACCGAGAUCAUCAUUCUAGCGACCAGGACCCAGAAUGUUCUAGGAGAGAAGGGGCGCCGCAUCCGGGAGCUAACUGCUGUUGUUCAGAAGAGGUUCGGCUUCCCAGAGGGCAGUGUUGAGCUGUAUGCUGAGAAGGUGGCAACCCGUGGUCUGUGUGCCAUUGCUCAGGCUGAAUCUCUGCGUUACAAGCUGCUGGGAGGUCUGGCCGUACGUAGGGCUUGCUAUGGUGUGCUGAGGUUCAUCAUGGAAAGUGGCUCUAAGGGAUGUGAAGUGGUGGUUUCUGGGAAGCUGAGAGGUCAGAGGGCCAAGUCCAUGAAGUUUGUUGACGGCCUGAUGAUCCACAGUGGAGACCCAGUCAACUACUAUGUAGACACCGCUGUACGCCAUGUUCUGCUUAGACAGGGUGUGCUGGGCAUCAAGGUGAAGAUCAUGUUACCGUGGGACCCCAGUGGUAAGAUCGGUCCUAAGAAGCCUCUGCCUGACCAUGUGAGCAUUGUGGAGCCCAAGGACGAGACCAUCCCCUCAACCCCUGUGUCAGAGCAGAAAGGGGCCAAGCCAGAAGCCCCAGCAGCCAUGCCACAGACUCCUGUACCUACUGCACAGUAGUAGACAGAUGUCCAACUUCAUACUCUAAUGGAAGCAGGAACCUGGGAUUUUUCUGUACAAAAAAAAUAAAAUGUAAAAAAUA